AUGUUUCAAUUUCAGUACUCCCUUUAUUCAUCAUCCCUUCCAUUUGGUUGCUUUUCAGGAUAUACUGUGAUGCCGGCUCUGAGAAUUCAUGGAUAUGCCUUGGCUGUUUCGUUUUGUCUUAUCACCUUCAUAGCAGCAUCACAACGAACAGACCCUUCAGAAGGUGAAUUUGCAUUACGUCUUCAAGUUUUUGAAUAUUUCUUUUUCACUUUGGUCCAUCUGGCCUCUGAUUUUGGACACUAUACAAGAGAGCUCACGUUAGAGAGAAAGUUUAAUGCGCUGAUAGACAUCAAGAAAAGUUUGAUUGAUUCUAAGAACAAUCUUAAGAACUGGAAUAAAGGAGAUCCAUGUGCAAAAAACUGGACUGGGGUUUGGUGUUUUGAUAAGAUUGGGGCUGAUGGGUACUUCCAUGUUCGUGAGAUCUACUUGAUGAGAAUGAAUCUCUCCGGAAGUCUAUCACCUCAGCUUGAUCAGCUAUCCAGUCUAGAGAUAAUGGAUUUCAUGUGGAACAAUCUAACAGGCCCGAUACCAAAGGAGAUUGGAAACAUUAAAUCAUUGAAACUCUUGCUCCUGAACGGGAAUAAGUUAUCUGGGAGUUUACCAGACGAGCUUGGCAACCUUCCAAAUUUGAAUAGAUUCCAAGUAGAUGAAAACCAAUUGUCUGGUCCUAUACCAGAGUCACUAGCCAACAUGAUCAAUGUUAGACACCUUCACCUGAACAACAACUCAUUUAGUGGUCAACUUCCAUCCACACUUUCGAAGCUACCAAGUCUUAUGCAUUUGCUUGUGGACAACAAUAACUUAUCUGGCAAUCUUCCGCCAGAAUACUCUAUGUUACAUGGAUUGGCUAUACUCCAGCUUGAUAAUAACAACUUCAGCGGGAAAGGAAUUCCUUCUACCUAUGUAAACUUAACCAGGCUAGUGAAAUUAAGUCUAAGAAACUGCAGUCUGCAUGGAGCUGUUCCUGAUUUCAGUUCAAUACCCAAGCUUACCUAUUUAGAUCUAAGCUGGAAUCAGUUCACUGGGCCCUUACCGUCAAAUAAACUGGCAGACAAUAUGACAACUAUUGAUCUGUCCAAUAAUCAUCUCAACGGAUCUAUUCCUCAUAGCUACUCUUAUCCUCAUCUUCAAAAAUUGUCACUUGCGAACAAUUUACUGUCGGGGUCCAUCCCUGCUAGCAUAUGGCAGAAUACGUCCCUCAGUGUGAAAGAUAAACUUUUAAUUGAUCUACAUAACAACUCAUUUGAGGAUGUUUUGGGAAAUCUGGACCUCCCUAAAAAUGUUACCUUGAGGCUUUCUGGUAAUCCUAUCUGCGAGAAUUCUAACACACAAAGUGUUGGUCAAUAUUGUGAACCUGAAGCAGCUGAGGCAGCUCAAACCUCGACAAACUCUACUGUCUGUCCUGUUCAAUCUUGUCCAGUGGAUGACUUUUAUGAAUACGCCCCUUCUUCCCCAGUUCCUUGCUUUUGUGCAGCACCUCUGAGAAUUGGAUACAGGCUGAAAAGUCCAAGUUUUUCUUACUUUGCUCCCUAUAGAUCUAGUUUUGAACACUAUAUAACCGAUUCCUUAAAAUUACACCUCUAUCAACUAUCAGUAGAGUCAGUUGCUUGGGAAGAGGGACCUCGUCUUCGAAUGUACUUGAAACUCUUCCCUUCAUAUAAUGAUUCCCGUUCUAAUGUGUUCAACGUAAGUGAGGUCCGUCGCAUUAGCAACAUCUUUACAUCUUGGCAAUUUCCUCCUUCUGAUUUUUUUGGACCAUAUGAACUCCUGAACUUCACUCUUCUUGGACCUUAUGAAAAUUUAAUUCUUGAUUCGGAGAAGGGAAAAAAUAGUGUGGGCAUAAAAAUUGCUGUUGUAUUAGCAGCUGCUGCUUGUGCUUUAGCAAUAUCUGCAAUAAUUAUUCUCCUGAUUACUAGAAGAAACAUGAAAUACCAGAAGAAGAUUUCCAGGAAACCUACUAAUGUAUCUAUCAAAAUAGAUGGCAUGAAAGCAUUUACUUACAAAGAACUGGCUCUUGCUACUGACAAAUUUAAUAUCUCAACUAAAGUUGGCCAAGGAGGUUAUGGGAAUGUCUAUAAAGGCAUUUUAAGUGAUGAAACUUUUGUGGCCGUUAAGCGAGCAGAAGCAGGUUCCUUACAAGGACAAAAGGAGUUUUUGACUGAGAUUGAGCUUUUGUCAAGGUUGCACCAUCGCAAUCUUGUUCAACUAAUUGGAUACUGUAAUGAAGAAGGAGAACAGAUGCUGGUUUAUGACUUCAUGUCCAAUGGCACCCUAAGGGACUGGAUUUCUGGUCGAAGUAGAAAAACCAGGGGGAGCCUAAAUUUUAGUAUGAGGUUGAGAAUUGCAAUGGGAGCAGCCAAAGGCAUACUUUAUCUGCAUACAGAGGCUAACCCUCCUAUAUUUCAUAGAGAUAUUAAAGCCAGUAACAUUCUUCUGGACUCCAACUUUACAGCUAAAGUGGCUGAUUUUGGACUGUCACGGCUUGUACCAGACUUAGAUGAAGAAGGAACUGCUCCUAAAUAUGUAUCAACAGUUGUGAGAGGAACUCCCGGUUACCUGGACCCAGAAUAUUUGUUGACUCAUAAGCUAACAGACAAAUGUGAUGUCUAUAGCCUGGGAAUUGUGUAUCUAGAGCUUUUGACAGGCAUGCAACCAAUAUCACAUGGGAAAAACAUUGUCCGCGAGGUUAAUAUGGCUCGUGAAUCUGGCACAGUAUAUUCCAUCAUAGACAGCAGAAUGGGGUUGUAUCCAUCUGAUUGCUUGGACAAGUUCUUAGCUCUGGCCCUCAGUUGUUGCCAAGACAAUCCAGAGGACAGGCCAUCAAUGCUAGAUGUGGUGAGGAAACUUGAAGAUAUCAUUGCAAUGUUGCCCGAAGCUGAAACCCUUUUCUCUGAUGUUAGCUUGCACAAUUCUGGCAACGUAGCACCACCCUCAUCGUCAGCAUCAACAUCAGGAUCCCAUGUGACAAGGGAGGAGCAACACAUGUCCUCGUAUGUGUCAGGAAGCAAUCUUGUCAGUGAUGUCAUUCCCACCAUUGUUCCUCGCUGA